CAGACCGAGCAGACAACUCCGGAUUCCCGCCCCUGAAAGGCUUCACAGACGGCUGAUGUGAGACGAGGUUAUGUACACGGGCAACCACCUGGCACAUAGAGCGAGAGCGAGAGACGACCGGACCUUGACGCGCUCACAGCCCUAUAGCGCUCGACCAUGUCGUUCUUGUUUGGGAGAGGCAGAUCGCGGGCUGCUGCCGAUCUACCCAGGCAGGCUCGGGAUCACAUUAUGAAGCUCGAAAGCCCCAACGGGGUCUCCAAGGCUGAAGAGCUUGCUCGCGUGCUCAAUCAGAUGAAGGUCGUCCUCCAAGGCACUCAAGAAACUGAGAGCUCACCCGAGCAGAUCUAUCAGCUCGUCACGGCCCUGAUAGACGAAGACCUGCUCCACCUCCUAGCUACCAACCUCUAUCGCCUGCCCUUUGAGUCGCGGAAGGAUACCCAAGUGAUCUUCUCUUAUGUGUUCCGCUUCCGGCCCGCGGCGGCGGCUCCAAAGAGCGACCCCAUCGCCCUGUCCUAUGUGGUGUGUAACAGACCACAAGUCCUAGUUGAACUCUGCCGCGCCUAUGACCACAAAGAAAGUGCCACGCCUGCGGGAUCCGUCCUCCGGGAGCUCAUCAAGAACGAGGCGGCAGCGGCCAUAAUCCUCUAUGACGACGGAGAUGAACCGGGAUCUAGCUGUAAGGGCCUCAAUGCCAUUGACCGCAACCGACCCCAGAGCGGCCGAGGAGUGUUCUGGAAGUUCUUCGACUGGAUCAACAAGAGCUCUUUUGAAGUUGCUGCCGACGCUUUCACAACCUUUCGGGAACUCUUGACGCGGCAUAAAGACCUGAUCCCGAAAUACCUAUCCACCAACUUCGACCUGUUUUUUGACAAGUACAACAACACCCUGGUCCAGUCCAACAGCUACGUCACCAAGCGGCAGUCCAUCAAGCUCCUGGGCGAACUGCUGCUGGACCGCUCCAACUACAGCGUCAUGACGGCCUAUGUCGAUAGUGGCGAGCAUUUGAAAAUCUGCAUGAACCUUCUGCGGGACGACAGGAAGAUGGUCCAGUAUGAAGGCUUCCACGUGUUCAAGGUUUUCGUGGCGAAUCCGCACAAGUCCAUCGCCGUCCAGAAGAUCCUCCUCAUGAACCGCGAGAAGCUCCUCGUCUUCCUCGCGCACUUUCUCGAGGACCGCACUGACGACGAGCAAUUCAUUGAUGAACGAGAAUUUUUGAUUAAGCAAAUCCGUAAUAUGCCAUCGACUCCCGUCGUCUCUCAACGAUCUGUCAGCGCAUCAUAG